AUGUUCCUCAGCAAGUCUCCGCACCAGGACGUUUACCUCUGGCUGUCGCACAACAACCUCACUGGGCCCAUCCCGGCAGACUUCGGCGCCGUGAAUUUCACGCACCUCGACCUGUUGCGCAACGAUCGGACCGGCGACGCGUCGGGCCUCUUCGGCCGCGGGAAGGAGCUGCAGUACAUCGACCUGUCCCGCAACACCUUCUAUUUCGACCUCUCAGGCGUGGUGCUCCCGGAGCGGCUCUACUUCGUCGAUGUGAGCCACAAUGCCAUCCAAGGCAGCAUUCCGGCGCAGGUCGCGAGCAUGUCCAACCUGAACUUCUUCAACGUCAGCUACAACAGGCUCUGCGGCCCUGUGCCCGCCGGCGGUAACAUGGCGAGGUUCGAUCUCUACAACUUUCAGCACAACAAGUGCCUCUGUGGUGCUCCCCUCCCUUCAUGCAAGAAAUAG